AGCAGACUGAGAUCAGAGACCUUGAAGAAAAUCGAGUGAGAGACUCCAGAUGACUGAGCUGCAGAGCAGAACUUGGAUCACCAUCCUGCUGACAGAAAGGAGGCCAGGAAUGAAGCUGGACAAGGCCUUGAGCUGCCUGAUGGCGCUGAUGAUGGUGGCCACCAUGCUGACCAUGACAGGAGCAGUUCCCACCCCCACACCUAGCGGGGCCCUCCUGGAUACACGGGGCUGCCACAUGGCCCGGUUCCAGUCUCUGUCCCCACGGGAGCUGCAGGCCUUCAAGAGGGCUAAAGACACUUUUGAAGAGUCGCUCUUGCUGAAGGACCGGAGCUGCAGCUCUCGUCUCUUCCCCAGGACCUGGGACCUGAAGCAGCUGCAGGUGUGGGAGCGCCCUAUGGCCUUGGAGGCUGAGCUGGCCCUGACAGUGAAGGUCCUGAGGACCAUGUCUGACUCAGCUCUGGGAGCCGUCCUGGACCAGCCCCUUCACACGCUGCACCACAUCCACUCCAAGCUCCGGGCCUGUGUCUCCGCUCAGCCCACAUCAGGUCCCAGACCACAGGGCCACCUCCACCGCUGGCUGCACAGGCUCCAGGAGGCCACGAAGAAGGAGUCCCAAAGCUGCCUCGAGGCCUCUGUCAUGUCCAACCUCUUCCGCCUCCUCACACGGGACCUGAAAUGUGUUGCCAGUGGGGACCAGUGUGCCUGAGAACUGGACCCAUCAUCCACCCUCUCCCAGCACCCCAGACAUUGUAUAUAUGCACUGACCAGUGUUCUUAAAUUAUUGCCACCAGAUCGCUAUUUAUGUAUGUGUGCAGAGACCCAAACUCUGACCAC